AAAAGCCUUUGGACCAAACGAACAAAAGCACUUUCUAGAAGAAUUUGGAUGCAUAUCAAGAUGCUCUGAAGAACAGCAAUAACCCUUUGGGCAAUAGCUGCUUCAACAUCAUGACCAAGGACAAAGCGUCCAUUGUCAGAAGCUUUCAUUCUGUUUACAUCAUAAUCUUAAUAGUUGGGACCAUAAUCCAGUUCUCUGAUGAAAAUGACUUUGCAGUAAAUAAGUCAAAUAAAGGCCUUAUUCACGUUCCAAAAGACCUGCCACCCAAAACCGAAGUCUUAGAUAUAUCUCAAAACUACAUAUCUGAGCUUCACCUCUCGGACAUCAGCUUUCUUACAGGGCUGAAAGUUUUGAGGCUUUCCCAUAAUAGACUCCAGUACCUUGAUAUUAGUAUUUUCAAAUUCAACCAGGACUUGGAAUAUUUGGAUUUAUCGCACAAUCAGUUGCAGAAGAUAUCGUGCCAUCCUAUCACCAGUCUCAAGCAUUUAGACCUCUCAUUCAAUGACUUUGAUGCCCUGCCCAUCUGUAAGGAAUUUGGCAACUUGACUCAACUGAAUUUCUUGGGAUUAAGUGCUAAACAUUUACAACAAUUAGAUCUGCUACCAGUCGCUCACCUGCAUCUAAGUGGCAUCCUUCUGGAUUUGGAAAGUUAUUAUGUGAAAGAACAUGAGACAGAAAGUCUUCAAAUUCUGAAUACAAAAACACUGCACCUCGUUUUUCACCCAAAUAAUUUCUUCUCUGUCCAAGCAAACAUAUCAGUUAAUAGUUUAGGGUGCUUACAACUGAGUAAUAUUAAAUUGAAUGAUGAGAACUGUCACCUUUUAAUUAAAUUUUUAUCGGAACUAACUAGAGGUCCAAACUUACUGAAUUUGACCCUCAACCAUGUGGAAACAACUUGGAGAUGUUUGGUUAGAGUUUUUCAAUUUCUUUGGUCCAAGCCUGUAGAGUAUCUCAAUAUUUACAAUUUAACAGUAGUUAAAAGCAUUGAUAAAGAAGACUUUACUUACAGUGAAACAUCAUUGAAAGCAUUGAAAAUUGAACAUGUUACAAACAGAGUUUUUCUUUUUUCACAGACUGCAGUAUACACCGUGUUUUCUGAGAUGAACAUUAUGAUGUUAACCAUAUCAGAUACACCUUUUAUACACAUGCUUUGCCCUCAAGCAACAAGCACAUUUAAGUUUUUGAACUUUACCCAGAAUGUUUUGACAGAUAGUAUUUUUCAAAAAUGCUCCACUUUAGUUAGAUUGGAGACACUGAUCUUACAAAAGAAUAAAUUAAAAGACCUUUUCAAAGUUGGUCUCAUGACUAAGGAUAUGCCAUCUUUGGAAAUACUGGAUGUGAGCUGGAAUUCUUUGGAAUAUGAUAGACAUGACAGAAAUUGCACUUGGGCUGAGAGUAUACUAGUGUUAAAUUUGUCUUCAAAUAUACUCACUGACUCUGUUUUCACAUGUUUACCUCCCAGGGUCAAGGUUCUUGAUCUUCACAGUAAUAGAAUAGCGAGUAUCCCUGAAAAUGUCGUCAGUCUGGAAGCUUUACAAGAACUCAAUGUUGCUUUCAAUUCUUUAGCUCACCUUCCUGAAUGUGGUACCUUUAGCAGCCUCUCUGUACUGACCAUUGACUAUAAUUCAAUUUCCAACCCAUCAGCUCAUUUCUUCCAGAGCUGCCAGAAGAUUAGGUCCAUAAAUGCAGGGAACAAUCCAUUCCAAUGUACAUGUGAUCUAAGAGAAUUUAUCCAGAGUAUAGGCCAAGUAUCACGUGAAGUGGUAGAGGGUUGGCCUGACUCUUAUAAGUGUGACUAUCCAGGAAGCUAUAAGGGAACCCUACUAAAGGACUUCCAUGUGUCUCCAUUAUCCUGCAACACAGCUCUGCUGAUUGUCACCAUUGUGGUCACUGGACUGGUGUUGGCUAUUACUGUGACUGUCCUCUGUAUCUGUUUUGAUCUGCCCUGGUAUCUCAGGAUGAUGUGUCAGUGGACCCAGACCCGACACAGGUCUAGGAAUAUACAUUUAGAAAAACUCCAAGGAACUCUCCAGUUUCAUGCCUUUAUUUCAUACAGUGAACACGAUUCUGCCUGGGUAAAGAAUGAACUGGUACCUUGCCUAGAAAAAGAAGGUAUACGGAUUUGUCUCCAUGAAAGAAACUUUGUUCCUGGCAAGAGUAUUGUGGAAAAUAUCAUAAACUGUAUUGAGAAGAGUUACAAGUCCAUCUUUGUUUUGUCCCCCAACUUUGUUCAGAGUGAGUGGUGCCAUUAUGAACUCUACUUUGCCCACCAUAAUCUCUUUCAUGAAGGAUCUAAUAACUUAAUUCUGAUCUUGCUGGAACCCAUUCCACAGAACAGCAUUCCUAGCAAGUAUCACAAGCUGAAGGCUCUCAUGGCACAGAGGACUUACUUGGAAUGGCCCAAGGAGAAGAGCAAACAUGGACUUUUUUGGGCUAACAUUAAAGCUUCUUUUAAUGUGAAAUUAAUACUAACUACUGAAAACAAUGAUGUGAAAACUUAAAUUUUAAGUCAGCCAGGAAAUCCAACUUAAGGAACCAUCAUAAGCAUGGGUUCUAAUGAACACCAUGAUAUUAAGUUAUUGUCUAGAUGGUGCUGGCAUCAUCUCUAUGUGUUCAAGAAAGACUUAACGACAGUCAUGUUUCAAUUGAGUUGGGGAACCAGACUGGGGGCUGUGAUGGUGCUCACACUUGCCCAUUAUGAUUAUAGAUAGCUCAUUCUCCUCUGGUUUAAUCAUUCUGUUGCAAAUUGAAACAGUCUCAUUUGAGUAAAUGCUCAGUCAUUCAAGGAUCUUCCCUCUCCCUUUGCCUUUCCCAAAUGGAUUCUGUGUGAGCAGGAGUUUAUGGGACUUCAUGGCAGCAAGGAAAGAGUCAACCUCACAACUGCAUGCAGUCAGUGGUCCUUGGAGUGUCCUAUGCAUUCUCAUUGGCCUCUGGGUGAGCUGUUCAACUUUAGGGCUUGGGAAAAAGACCAAUUGUGGAAAAUAAAGACAUCUUUUUUCUUCACAUCUGAAUAAUCACUUGUUAAAUUGCUGACCUAGCUACACAAAUAUGCAGUAGUUUGUGUAUAUAAAGGAAACUAUAGCCUUAGUCAUGGGCUGCUGAGGCCAAAGACUUGGAUUUACCUGCUUGCCAAAAAAACCUCAGAGCCAAAUUUAUUUAUUUAUUUGUUUAUCGUAUAGGACAUUAUGGUGCUUUAGAAUUUUGGAGAAUGCCUCAAAGCUGACAAAAGGUGCAUUUUAAAUGGAAAUAUUAGACACAGACUAGACUUACUAAAAAAUAGCAGAAAGAGACAAGUAAUUAUCAACCCAUGUUACCAUUUACAGAGGACUAACUUUAAGAGAGUCAUCAAGUAGAGGUUCUAGACCUGUGGGCAGAUAGCUUUGGAUUUCUUCCAAAGGCAAUGAGAGGGACCCUGAACAUAGUGGAAGAGUAGUCUGGCAGCCCACUCUCAGCCUGAAGGCUUACAGGGUAACAGGAAUGCACAGCCCAGUACAGCAGAGAGUGUAUGGUGUGGGAGCUCUUGGAAGAGCUUGAUGAAUGUCUCCUGGAGUUUUGGUGGUGGAUCGGGCAGUGAACAUAGAGAGUGGAUAAUGCUUUACAAAU